AUGCUCCGUCUCAGUGGCUCCCAGAUCCUCCUUACUAACAGGGACGUCACACGUACGCUGAACCCCAAACGAACCCGUCGGCCUCCAACCUACCUCUACACCAAAGGCAAGCAACCUAUCAGAAACCCUCCAUACCCGCCUCCAUCUAUCCCACACAUCAAUACAUCUCGUCCAAGUGUCCCAUCUCCAUCUACCCUCAUUGCGGGACAAUCGGACAGAAUUCCACCUCAAUUGCCAGCACCGGUUCGACCGAAUUCUCCCGAUUGGUCUACUUCCUCGGAUACUGAAAUCUCAUCUUCAGCUUCGUCCUCUUCAUCCUCAGACACCAACAUGCCAGAACAAUCCGCUCCUACUCCUUCCACGGAUGGUGCCGAUGAUGAAAUGGCGACCACCUAUCUUCGUGAGGUGCGACCUUUCCGACAGGUCGUUUCGCUUGAAACCAUUGAUUCGUUUCCAUUCCUUCCCUACAGGCCUCCUCCAUCGUUGAUGUUCGACAUCUACGAAGACCCAAUCUAUCAGAUUCAGAAUCCGGUCGAUGCCUCCCGAACUCUUGAUCCCUAUGACGACUGGGACCCUCAGCCUUUCCCAUACCUCGGUAGUUCCUACUACCAGGAGGCGUACGCCGAAGAUUCCUAUGCAAACGAUGAUUUCGAGAACGCUGACGAGAACGCUUGGGCUGGCGAAGACGAAGAUGUUGCUGGCGAUCAAAAUGGAGAUGUUGAAGAAGACGAAGAUGAUGAGGAAGUGAUCAUCCUUAACGAGGCUUUCUGGGAUCCUGAUACAAUACUUGUCGCCGAAAUGCAAGCUACAAACAACGGCGCUCUCAGGAUUACGGUAGAGCGAAUUGGAACUCCACCUGCUCAGUAG